ACAGAACCGCUUGCUUUUCGGCCACAAGGUUGAUACGUAUAUAUACCCUCGGAUGACCAAUCUCUUUAGACCCAGAAGCCUCUCCAGGAGUUCUGAAUCUCUGAAAACUAUACGACAUGAAGUUCUUAGCAGCUAUCUGCGUGCUCGCCGCCGGCGUCAGUGCACAGGUUGGGCCUUCAGGAAUCGUCAGUCCCGAUGGAGUAAACACUCAGUUUUCCCACGACUUCGCCAAUGACAUCGUGCUGGUUGGACCUGCUGGCAUCGUCACAAAGUCUGGCGCCAACCGCCAGCUUACCCACGGAGAGGCCACUCUUCAUGUUGCUUCCCCAGCUGCUCCCCUUCCCGUGGCUCAGAUGGUGUCUCAGCGUGGCGUGAUUGGCCACUCUGGCAUCGUUCGCCCAGAUGGUAACAACGUCCAGUUCACACAGGCUCAGGUUGACAACAUCGUGCUGGUUGGCCCAUCUGGCAUCGUCACCAAGGACGGCUCCAACAUCCAGCUGACCGACGACCUCCACUUCGUCCAGAAGCGCGAUACCUAUGGGCAUCUGGUGGGAGCCUCAGGAAUCGUGACCAAGGAUGGCCAGCUGAUCCAGCUGGAACCUGGUGUGUUCGUGGCCAGCGCUGGUCCCUCUGGCGUGGUUCUGUCCAACGGAAAGAACAUCCAGCUUAACCUCUAGUCUCUGUAUUCCUGAAUAUGAAUUCUGUCGUUGCUUGCUUUGACGCUGGAUUUUAAAAUUAUAUGUACAAACAUUAUGAAUUUGCCAAAUGAAGAUUCAAUGGAAAUCA